GCUUCACCUGCAGGACAACAACGUGCGCGGUUUGUGCCGCCGCUCCCCUGGGCUCGGGCGCCGCUGUUGGAGCGGCUGCACUUAGACGACAACUCGGUGUCGGCCGCCGGCAUCGAGGAAGACGCGUUCGCCGAGAGCGGGCGGCUGCGGCUGCUGUUCUUAUCCCGCAACCAUCUGAGCAGCGUCCCGCCCGGCCUCCCCCCGGCGCUGGAGGAGCUGCGCCUGGACGACAACCGCAUCCACACCAUCCCGCUGCGAGCCUUCGAGGGGCUGCCGGCGCUGCGACGCCUGGUGCUGGACGGGAACCUUUUGGCCAACCAGCGGAUGGCGGACGACACGUUCAGCCGGCUGUACAACCUCAGCGAGCUGUCGUUGGGUCGCAACGCUUUGGCCGCUCCUCCGGCCAACCUCCCCCGGGCGCGGCUCCGCCGCUUAUCGCUGGCGGCCAACGCCAUCAGCCACGUCCCGGCCGGUUCGCUGUCGAGGAUGCGGGCGUUGGAACGCUUGGAUCUGUCGGACAACAACCUGACCACGCUGCCCCGAGGGCUGUUCGACGACCUGAGCCGUCUCAGCCACCUGGGGCUGCGCAACAACCCGUGGUUCUGCGGCUGUAACCUGGCCUGGCUGCGGGAUUGG